AUGGCAACAUCUCAGACGGCCUGGCGAGUACAUGGGCAGCAGAGUGGUCGGGUUACACCUUUGAUAUCCCAGGACACAAACUCCCGGGUUAGGAGUGACAUCGCAUUGGGGUCGGGAGAUCUUUCUCAUGGAUCUCGCCAAGGGGAACAAAGCAGGGAGACAUCAAGCCGAAGCUGUUAUGAUGCAGGCCUGCCGCAAGUGAUACCAUCGGAGGCGCCCAACGUCCCGGUGGAGAGCAAAUUUGUAAUUCGCAGUUGCAACAUCACAGCUUGGAGACCACAUGCUCCGGAGUUGCUGUCAUGGAAUGCAGAUGUGGUACUAAUGCAAGAAAGUCGGCUCACCGCAGUGGCACAACAGCAAGCCACUACCACAGCAAGGAGCGCAGGUCGCCACUUACUUCAUGGAGCCCCAGUUCCGGUUCAAAGUUCCCAGGAACUCCAGGAGGGAGGACAGCGAUACAUCAAGCCCACUAUUUGGAACGGUCGACAUGGAGGAGUUUCCAUCAUGUCACGGUUGCCCACGCAGUCUACACUGGCACAUGAUACCUCAUAUGAUGCGGACCGCAAUCUUUGGGAGCGGCAGCGGUUUGCGCUGGCACGAGUCCCUUUGGCCAGGAAUCGCUCCAUCAUGGUUGCCAGCUUCUAUGGUCUUGCUGGAGGUGGAAGCCCGCAUCGGCGAGAUCAGCAUUUUGAGUGUAACGAACGCAUGUUGCAGCAAGUGUUUGAGGUGGCCUCUAGAUACGGGGAUGUGCCCUUCAUCAUCGGUAUGGACGCAAACAUUCAGGUCGAUAAGUCACCUACCCUUGUCACUGCGUUGUCUACGUCCAGAUGGCAUGAUGCGGGUGAGGUUUUUGGUCAUGCUGGAGGAUUGGCUCCCACGUAUUGCCAAGACCCUCAGUGGGACAAACAUGCAGCAAUACCGGGCGCUACCCGAAUUGACUACAUUUUGGUUAACUCUACAGCGCUCAGUGCAUUGCGUGAUUUUCGGCUGGUCAGGGAUGCUGGCCUUCCAGGCCACCUUGUGCUUGAGGCGGAGUUCAAUUUUACAGCUUUUCGAGAGGAAGGGUACACGCUGCGUCAGCCUAGGCCCUUUCCCUUGAAGAAGAUGCCCCAGUAUGACGAUGCCACCCUUGAAGAAAUGGGCCAACGCACUUGGCAACCCUUAGAGGCUCCAUAUCGGGAUGCACUACAACUGGGUCGGGCUGAUAGAGCAUGGCAAUUGCUAAAUCAUGGUUUGGAAUGCUUUCUCGAAGCUCUGGCUGAGGAGCUGCCAUGCACUUGGUCGCUGGGUCGUGGCCAACCUCCAAGGUUUGACCAGUUCAGCUCGAGGGCGCCGAGGGAAAACAUCAACGGGGGAGCUCAAACCAUGCAUUUGAGACAACUUCAGAAGCUUCUACAGCAGGGCCGGUCUUAUCUAGCCCAGUCCCGCCGACAUGUUCGUUGGCACACGGAAGGCAGACCUAUUUCCGGGGCUGACUACAGACAGCGCGUUGAGGCAUGGAGAAGUUUCUGCCGCAAGGGUCGUGGUUUGCUUGAAGCAGAUUGGGACAGGUGGUGGACGGACGCCGAACCAGCAAUCCAGGAUAUGCAGGCCAUAGUUGAUGCUCUUGCCAGACGAUUCGACUGGGAAGCCAAGCGGCAAGCACAAGGUCGAGUCCAAAAGUGGCGGGAGUCUUUGCGAAAAUCUUUCCGGAAUGACCGCAGUGUCUUGUGCAAAUGGGUUCGCCAACGAGAACAACGACCUAUCACACACGUGAUUGCGGAGGACGGGGUCAAGUCAGCAGUUCCUGAUAUGCUUCUGUCUCUUGAGGAUUUCUGGGUUAAGCUCUUCAACCUGUACUCUCAUGAUACGCCGCCCACUUGGGAAGCCUUUCAGCAGCGAUAUGGGCACACUUUCCCUGCGUGCCAGCCUUGCAAACUGCCUAAAAUCACUGCCAGAGAUUGGAAGGCACAGGUUCACAAGUUGCCACUACAUGCUGGAAAGGGCGUGGAUGGGUGGAGAGCGGGUGAGCUGCAACGGCUGCCGCUCUUCUUAUGGGAAAUUGUUGCGGACUUCUUUGAUGCCAUCGAGCAAGGCAUGCAAUGGCCCAAGAGCCUCACGUAUGCGCAAAUAGGCUUGAUGCCGAAGGGGGACGUCUCCAAACCUGGAAAGCAGCGCCCUAUCUCAGUGUUUGGCAUACUCUACCGUUGUUGGAGUUCACUGCGUUUCCGUCACAUGCAGUCGUGGAGAGAACAAUGGAUGCCGGAUAAUAUGCGUGGAGCCAGAGCAGGUGGAUCCACGCAUGACAUCUCCAUCAUGCUCUCUUUGGAUGUUGAGGUCGCUCAACUAGAAGGUCGCCCGAUUGGGGGAUUCCUCUUCGACAGGGAAAAGUGCUUUGAUCGCCUCACCUUUGACAUCACAGAUGGAUUGGCGGGAGUUUUUCAAGCUCCAGAGGGCGUGCGGAUUGCCAUGAAUCGGCUCUGUCGUCAAACCAAGAGGUUUCUCAAAAUCGGCAAGUUCUGCGGACGUGUGUUUCAAGCCACGAAUGCUUUGCCCCAAGGAUGCUCUUGGAGCAUACUCAGCAUACUCAUGCAUAUGGCUGUUUGGCAUCGCGAUCUGGCCUCUUGUGCCCCAUUAGCAGUGACGUAUUCCUUCUAUGAUGACUCCAGCACAACGGGGCCAGACCAGGAGACUCUUGAUACGGCUUUGGCUGCAACCAUAGAGUUCGAUGAGUACACUGGCGGAUUGCUGAAUGGAGAGAAGUCCAUCGCUUUUGCAAUUGGGGAAGAGCUCAAAGCACACUUGCAGCAGCAAAACCUGUAUGGGCAACCGCUCACGGUAGCAGACUAUGGCAAGCUGCUGGGUGCUUUUCUCUCUUUUGGCGGUGAUUUCCCAGAGGACAAGCAAGAUGAGAGACUUCAGCGGCUCAUCACGGUCAUGCGCCGAAUACGAAGUGUACCCGGCACUCCGCAGGUUCGCGGCUACUUGGUGGACAUUUUUGCCUCCGCGGCCAUAGCUUUUGGCACAGAACAAGGGGGAUACUCCGACAAGGCCAAGAAGGAGUACAUGGCAUUGUUGCGUCAGACCUUGUGGAAUUGCGACAAUAUGUGGCCAAACAUGGCCAUUACCUUGGCGAUUCUCUUCAAAGGUCAUCGUUUCGAUGUUGAGGCCAUAGAGCAUCAUGAACCCCUACGCCUAUGGCGACGCCAGAUUGUUCGAGACGAGCAUACCAGAUCCAAACUACAACACGCAUGGGCGCUCAAGCAGCAGUGCCCCGAAGUGGUCACCGGUGGUAUUUUGCACAGACUUGACGUUGUUGCGCGGGAUUUGGGAUGGACCUGGUCUCAGUAUGAUGUUUUUCAGCGACCCGGUGAUGUUCCAUUACAAUGUGGUUUGGCAAAAAACAUCUUCGAGCAUCAGUUGCGGGAAUCCUACAGACGCGACAAGAUUGCAAACGGGACUCACAGAAAGGACAACGUUGGCCAGCAUGCGGGCGUUGACUAUGACAUCACGGUUGCCUUGUUGCGCACUUGGGAGCGCAACCCCAAUGUCACAACUCCUUUGCGGAUUGGGAUUCUACGCCGAUGUUUGGGGGGUGCCCUCUACACACGCCAACGGCUGCAUCGGGCCAAGGUGGUUGAAACGCCGUGGUGCACUUUCUGUGAUCGGCAUGAAGAAGAGGAUGGCUGGCAUCUUUUCUGGACCUGCCCGCGAUGGGAAAGCUUGCGGCAGUACGUGAAGUCCAUCACUACAGAACAGCAGCGGUGGUUCAUGCAUGGAUGUUUGGCUCACUGCGGCGUUGCUCCCGUGCAUACUGAGGCUGAGGAUUGGUUUGUACAAAGCUAUACCCCAGAAACGACAGAUGGCGCUGCACAUGCUACAGAACCUGGCGAUGCGGAAUGUGAAGUCAUUCGCGAUGGCUUCCUUCUCACUGCGUCGGACGGGGCGUGUCGGCAUGCACAGUUUCCAAAGCUACGAUCUGCUGGAUGUGGGAUGUACUAUGGCAAGGACCACAGUUGCAACAGAAGCUUUCCUUUGAUGGGAGUUGUCCGUGACGCUGCUCGUGCUGAGAUUGCGGCAGCUCUCCACAUCAUCAGGACGGCGUGGAGGCCCACUGAAAUCCUGAUCGAUCGAAAGGCCACGCUGGACGGUCUCAGACGCAUUGAGCAGGGCAUCUCCUACAAAGACUUGGCAAAUGCGGAUCUCCUGGAGCACGCAGCCAAUGCGUGGCAGGCCAAAGGAGGCUCCGUCUUUUUCAAGUUCACCAAGGUUGCGGCACAUGGCAGAGGGGGCUCUGGGCAAGACCAGCUCCACACGGCGUACAAUGCUGCAGCAGACAGGUUGGCCACCGCUGCAGCUGACUCCGUCAAGCCUCCGGAUGAUCUUGCUGAUCAGUACAAGCAGUAUGCCAAGCUGGUGCGGGCUAUACAGAUCAUGUGUGUCGACAUCCUGGAGGCGCAGAAAGCGGCCACUGCGGAGGACAUCCAGGCCCAGACAGUGCUCAACACCCAGAUGGGCUUCGAGUGUGCGAUUUUGGACUUCUACGUGUACAAGCAAGCUCGCCAUGCCAAGGUGCGAGCACCCAAAGCGCCAGCGCAAACAGCAGUUACGAUGCCCACGCCAUCGGGUGAUUUCUUGGUAGAGAUUCAGCCUGUGGGUACUGUUGCUUUGAAGGCCUCAGGGGCAAAUGAGUUGCCCAACAGUGUCCGCGCCCCGCCCGCGGCAGCAUCGGCAAGAACUUCCACUUUCCCGCCACCUCCCCCGCCAGGGUUCAACAUCACUCAGAUCGGGAAGGGUGCCAUUGGAACCCCGGUGACGAUUCGGGGCCCGCAGCAACGCGCGGCCACUCCACAGGCUACGGCUACACCACAUCGCGAAGUGCAUGAGGUACGGUAUGCGGGCUUGGAGACAAAAUUCCAGCAGCAGGUGCAGAUGCUCACGGACACGGUGCAGAACAUGCAGACAAGCAUUGAGCAACUGCAGCUUGCCCAAACGGCCAAGCCGACGCAGGAAGAUGAGGAGAUGACUGAUGAGCGACAUCAAACAAUUCUGGCACGUUUCGACUCGAUGGAUGCGAGGAUCUCCCAGGUGGAACAGAAAGCGGACAGCACAGAUGACCGCUUUCGAAACAUCCAGGGAAUGCUUGAGGAGCUCGUCGCAGAAAAGAGGGCCAAGUUUUCGAAGUGA